GGUGCGGCGGUCGCUGCGUCCGUGGUCGCGGCCACGGGGGGGCUCCCGACCGCGUUCACCGCCGCUCUCCAGGGCCGCGGCAGCACCGCGGCGCCGCGCACGCAGCCCACGGCGGCGCUCGGGGAGCAGGCGUCGCUGGCCGCCUCCGCGGGGACCUCCACGGCCGCGACUUUCGGCCUCGGCGGCGUGGCGGCGGUCGCCGCGGUGGCCGCGUUCUCGGCGCGCAAGUCGCGGCCUCUCGGAGCUAGCGCCGGCGCCCGCGCGGUUGGCUGCAAGGCCUUCGAGAGCGAGCUCGGCGUGCAGGCGCCCGUGGGCUUUUGGGAUCCCAUGGGCCUGAGCUCCGACGGCGACGUCGAGACCUUCAAGCGGCGUCGGGAGACCGAGCUGAAGCACGGCCGGGUCUCGAUGAUCGCGACGAUGGGCUACAUCACCCCGGAAUACUUCAAGUUUGGCGGUUACCUGUCGCCGUCCGCAGGCCUGAAGUUCUCCGACGUGCCCAACGGCCUCGCCGCACUGUCGAAGGUGCCUGGAGCUGGCAUUUGUCAGUGGAUCAUCUUCUGCGGGAUCACGGAGGUCAACUUUGGUUUCAACGCCUACAAAAAGGGCGAGCCUGGAAGCUACGGAUGGAAGGCCAUCACGUCGACUGAGCCCGAGACGAAGCAGAAGAAACUGAGGGCCGAGCUCGCGAACGGGCGCCUGGCGAUGAUGGCGAUCAUCGGGAUGUUCUUUCAGGACGGCCUGACCGGCUCGGCGUGGGGUGAUUGGGCCCUCUACAGCGACUCCCCGCUCCGCGCUUUCGAGAACGAGCUGGGAGUGCAGGCUCCAGUGGGCUACUGGGACCCGGCCGGGUACAGCCAGGACGGGGACGCCGAGGCUUUCAGGCGCCGCCGCAUGACCGAGAUCAAGCACGGCCGCGUAUCCAUGAUCGCAUGCAUUGGCUGGUGUGUCUGUUCAGGCGAUCCUAGAUGGUGAGCAAAGCCUCCGUGGUCCUCCUCGGCGUGGCGUCCAACCUGCUGGCGGCCUGGUUCGCGCGAGUUCCGCCGUGUCCUGCGGCGACCUCCUGUCCUGCUGCCCUCGCUUGCCCGGCGGCGGUCUGCCCGAACCUCUCGUGCGGGGAGGUUCGUUGCCGGGCGUCAGAGCAGCCUCUGACUUUCCUGGCGCCGGCGCGCGCGGCCCCUCAGCCGGCGCCCGCGGAACCGCGGGCCUCGGGCCCCUCGCCGCCGCCCGCGGAUGCCGCUGAAGGGUGGGAUCUGAGCUGGCUCGCCUGGCUCGUCGUCCACGUCCUGCUGGCGGCCAUCCAGCUGAACCGAGGUCUUUUCAAAGCGGUGCGUUCUCCCCUUCGUCGCGGA